AGGCGGAAGUGAAGGUGUGGUUGACUUCCGUUUCUUCUGCGUCCUUUUUGUUUGCUUGUUUGUUUUUUUCCUCGCCGUCAUGGGGCCUCGCUGUUUGCUCCCCGUCGUCUCGGUUCUGUUGCUGCAGGUUGUGGGUUCGUUUGUCGCCGCGCUGGUCCAUUUCUUCCCGGUGGGCGGUGAGCUGAAUUUCGAUGUCCGACCCUCGGCCCCUUCCGGAACCUUCACCGACCUCGUCUGGAAGUUCAACGAGAACCUGGUGGUCGAGUGGAGUAACGGCCAGUCGGGCCUGGAGUACUACGGUCCGUACAAGACCCGAGCCAGCCUGGAUGUAAAAACCGGACGGCUCCGGAUUGUCGGGCUGCAGGUGGCGGACAGCGGGACCUACACGGUGGACAUCAACAACCAGGUCAGUGUGACCCAGUUCCAGGUUCAGGUCAUCCUGAAAUUACUGAAAGUCAAAAUAUGGGUCUCGCCCCUGGUGUGUUCGCACGAGUCAAAAAACUGCUCGUUGGGCUGUGGACUGGACCAGGACCAGGACCAGGACCAGGACCAGGACCAGGACCUGGGCAACUUCGGACCCCUCACCCACACCUGGAAGGUCAACUCGGGACCCGAGUGGCUGGAGGCGGGGCCCAAAAUGAUGGUCAUCAACAACGACACGACCAGACAAGUUCCAGAGUUCCAGUGCCAGAUCAAGAACCCGGUCAGCAAGAACACGAGUGAGGCCAUCUCAAACCCGUUCUUCAGGAGCGAACCAGACAGCAACAACACCGGGAAGAUCGUUGGUGGAGUGAUUGGUGUGAUCCUUGUCAUAUUGAUUGUAGGUGGUUUAGUGUGGUGGAAGUGUAAUAUCUGUCAACCUAUCAGACAGAAUCACGGCACUAAGCAGGAGGAGGACGAGAUGGGCCACAACCAACUGCUGAAGAAGACGGAUCACAAACCACCACAGGACAAGACGGUCUCGCUCCCCUCAGAAUCUGUCGAUCCACAUGAGGACACUGUGGCCAAGCCCCAAGACAAUGGAGGAGAGGGUUCGUGAGCAGAGGAUCCUCUCUUCAGUCAACACAACAAAAUGGAGUUGACCAAAGUUCUUAAACUCUAGGUUGCUCCCAGCAUGGGUUUGGCUGUUUUACACCAGAGCAUGUGGACUUGUGUGUGUGAGAGAGAGAGAGAGGCAUCACUGUAAAGCUCUUGAGAUGAUCAGAGACUGUCCACUGACUGUCACCGCCGUGUGCCAAACUGAUUAUCUGUAAUUGCACAAUCAGGUGUACCACUAGUGUUUCACUUUUGGCAAAACAUUAAAUUCAGUAUAAUGCUUAAUAGUUUGUUUCACAAUAACAUCCCAAGGGAUCUUCAUGCAGAAUUUCAUGAGCAAAUACCAUUUAGAUUUUUUUCGGUGACAGACUGAGUGCUUCAUCCUUGUGAACAAAAACAGGUACUAUGGAGACUACAUUAGGUUUGUGAAGAACUCUUUUAUUCCAAAAAGUUACACACCAAAGCA